AUGAUUGGUGCCGAGCUCUUGAACCAAAUAGACACAAGACUAAAGCAAAUAACCGGAAAUUUUGAUGAAAAUUUUGGUGGAAUAGACAUUAUUUUUAUUGGAGAUUUGCGGCAACUACCUCCAGUCCGAGCAACUCCAAUCUAUAAGCAGUCAAAACAACGGAUGGUUGGACCCUUACUUUGGCGAGAAUUAAAAUUCUACGAAUUAACUCAAAUAAUGCGUCAAAAUAACGAAAUGUUUGCUUCUAUUCUCACAAAAAUUGGUAGUGCUAUAAUUUUAAAUGAUAAUGAAUUGGCCGUUAUCGAGUCCAGAUUUUUUACGAAGGAAGACGUCUCACAGCGGUGUCCAAGUGGUGUACGAUUAUUCCAUGAUAAUGCAUCGGUUAACGCAUACAACAUGCGAGCUCCACAAAUUGAAAAUAAAAUAGAUUCAAUUGCACUAGACGUAAUUUCUGGCUGUACUAAUCAUGAGCAGGAAGCGAAUACGAGACAAAAAUUACACAAGAUGUCAGUGAUUGAUACAAGAGGGUUGCCAUACGAAAUUAUUUUUGUUAUUGGCAAACCUUACAUUAUUACAACUAACAUAGACGUGGUAGACGGAUUAGCUAAUGGCGCCGUUGGAAACCUUAUUCAUAUCGAACAAAUCGAAGAAAAUCAAGUUACUCGCAUGUGGCUAGUUUUUCCAGAUAAAAACACUGGUACAGUGGCUAAAAGAAAAGCCGCUGCCUUUGUUGCAGAACAUAAUAUCGAUAAACGUGCUGUGCCUAUUGUGAGUCGAACUUCAAUAAUAUCACUUAAUAAUAAUAAAACUAUUGUAAGAAAAAGAAAUCAUUUUCCAUUGAUAUCAGGAUGUGCUAUGACUAUUCAUAAGUCUCAAGGAAGUACUUAUCACGAGGUGGUGUAUGAGUAUAGUAAAAGUCAUAGUAUUCCAUUACUUUACGUAGCUUUAACACGAGUAACAAGUGUUGAAGGGUUGUUUAUAUGUAACAGUACGGAUGAUUUAAGAUUUUAUCAUGGAAGGAGAGUUGAUCCAUCAGUUUCCAGCUUACAGCACGAAUUUAAAAGAUUAUAUUUAAACAGACUUACUACAUUGUAA